AUCCUAUCACGAUUCACUCCCCAGCUAUUUGGAUUUGCAGAGAGAGAGAGAGAGAGAGAGAGGGAGAGAUGGGGAGGAAGAAGGAAGAAGAUGGAGUGGAGAGGAAGGCGGGAGGGAUGGUGGUGGUGAGCCCAAAGCCGCAAAGUGGCAUCAUCGCCAAGGCUAUAGAUUGGCUGGAAUGGAUGAUCGUGAAGAUGGUGCACGAUUCCUCCAAACCCCUUCACUAUCUCUCCGGCAAUUUCGCUCCAGCCCUCGAUGAAACUCCCCCCUGCAAGGACCUUCCCGUCAUCGGCCAUCUCCCCGAAUGCCUGAAUGGUGAGUUUGUCAGAGUUGGUCCCAAUCCAAGCCUUCCGCCGGUGGCGGGGUACCAUUGGUUUGAUGGAGAUGGAAUGAUUCAUGGUUUGCGCAUUAAAGAUGGAAAAGCAACAUAUGUCUCUCGUUUUGUGAAGACAUCACGUCUCAAGCAAGAACAAUAUUUUGGAGGAGCUAAGUUUAUGAAGAUAGGGGAUCUUAAGGGGAUGUCUGGACUUCUUAUGGUUUACAUGCAAAUGCUAAGAGCAAAGCUGAAAGUAUUAGAUCUUUCCUAUGGAACAGGCACGGCCAAUACAGCACUGAUUUAUCACCACAGGAAGCUUUUGGCACUUUCAGAGGGAGAUAAACCAUAUGUAGUAAAAGUCUUGGAGGAUGGAGAUUUACAAACUCUUGGCAUGAUGGAUUAUGACGAGAGAUUGACACAUUCCUUCACUGCUCAUCCGAAGGUUGACCCAAUAACUGGAGAGAUGUUUGCCUUCGGCUAUUCUACUACACCACCCUAUAUCACAUACCGAGUUGUAUCAAGGGAUGGUGAAAUGUAUGAACCAGUUCCAAUAACAAUACCAGAACCUGUCAUGAUGCAUGAUUUUGCCAUCACUGAGAAUUAUGCAAUUUUCAUGGAUCUCCCGCUAUAUUUCAGACCAAAGGAAAUGGUUAAAAACAAAGAGUUCAUAUUCAAAUUUGAUAAUACAAAAAAAGCUCGCUUUGGAGUCCUUCCACGCUAUGCGAAGAAUGAAAUGCUAAUUAAAUGGUUUGAGCUUCCUAAUUGCUUCAUAUUUCACAAUGCAAAUGCAUGGGAGGAAGGGGAUGAAGUUGUUCUGAUUACAUGCCGUCUUGAAAAUCUGGAUCUCGAUAUGGUCAAUGGACCUGUCAAAAAAGAUCUUGAGAAUUUUGCAAAUGAGUUGUACGAGAUGAGAUUUAACAUGAAAAGUUGUCAAGCUUCACAGAAGAAACUGUCCGAGUCUUCUGUUGAUUUUCCACGGGUGAAUGAGAAUUACACUGGGAGGAAACAGCGAUAUGUAUAUGGGACCAUACUAAAUAACAUUGCCAAGGUCAAGGGGGUCAUCAAAUUUGAUCUGCAUGCUGAACCAGAGACCAUGAAAACACAGCUUGAAGUGGGAGGGAAUGUACAAGGCAUUUUUGACCUUGGUCCAUCCAAAUUUGGUUCUGAGGCUGUUUUUGUUCCUCGUCAGCCAGGUACCACAUGCGAAGAGGACGAUGGCUACUUGAUAUUCUUUGUACAUGAUGAGACCACCGGGAAAUCAGCGGUGAAUGUAAUUGAUGCCAAAACAAUGUCAUCUGAUCCUGUUGCUGUUGUUGAAUUGCCCAAACGAGUUCCUUAUGGAUUCCAUGCCUUCUUCGUGACUGAGGAACAACUUCAACUCCAAGCAGAAACUUGAGAUCAAAUCAUCAACUUGGUGACUAUAUUUGUGGUGUAUGUUUCAGUUAUAUAUAGAAAUGGCUACUGUAAAGCUACUUAUGCACAACUUUGAAAGGUACAUUUAUUAAUAAAGGUUCUGUAUAGUUGCCCUAAAUAAAUACCCAGUACAUUGAAUAAUGGUUCUGUGUAGUGUGUACUAUCAGAUUGUAUUAUUCUUAUAAAAUUUUUAUUGAAAAGAAAAAAAAUAAUGUUUUACACUUUAA